CCAUAUUGCAGCGACCUAAGCAAUGGACUCUGCACUAGCAAUAGACGUGUCAUAUUUGGCUCAACAGAAAGCCUUAUACGAUAUCAUCGAGAAAGGGGGUUCGGAUAUCCAACAGUUUUACAAAGGAGCAAAUAUUUUCAUUACGGGAAGCAGCGGGUUCAUCGGGAAGCAGCUUGUCGAGAAACUUGUUAGAUCGUGUGAUGUAAAGAAAAUAUAUUUAUUACUCCGAUCAAAGAAAGGGAUGUCAGCACAGGAAAGGUUGGAGAAAAUAUGCCAAAAUACCAUCUGGGACACUCUGCGAAAGAAGCAACCUAACUUUCACGAAAAGCUGGAGGCUGUUCCGGGUGACGUCACAGAGUUGCGGCUUGGCAUUUGUGAACAGGACUGGAAAAGAAUCACAGAAGAG